AUGUGUUGAUGCUGCUGGUUGCACAUGUUCAGCAAAAUUAUUCUAAGCCACCUGAUGCAGCUUUUCGUAUCGUUCCAACCCGACUGCAGCUCUUUGAAUACGGGUCUGUCUAUUUUACCUGUGAGGGGGUCAAUGUCUCAGCUGGAUGGAAAGUGAGGAACAUCAACCGAUCCUUUCCAAAAUGUUCAAAUAACACAGUGGCAUCAACUGUGAUCUGCACCAUUGACUAUGCCUUUACAUCAGACAGUGGAGAAUACUGGUGUGAAGGUGGAAGAGGAGAGAGAAGCAACACUGUCAACAUCACUGUCACUGCUGGUUCAGUGAUCCUGGAGAGUCCAGUCCUUCCUGUGAUGGAGGGAGACGAUGUGACUCUGAGCUGCAGAAACAAGACGACUUCCUCCAACCUCACAGCUGUUUUCUAUAAAGAUGGCCGCCUCAUCAGGAGCAGCUCUACAGAAAACAUGACCAUCCAUAGUGUUUCCUGGUCUGAUGAAGGACUCUACAAGUGCAACAUCUCUGGAGCUGGAGAAUCACCACAGAGCUGGCUGUCUGUCAGAGAUCGAUGAGGAAGAAACACCUAACUGAAGGAGAUGGAGGACUGAUUACAUCAUGCUACAUGUGCACCUUUACCAAAGAGAAGUUCAUUCAAGUGUGCUAUCAGUAUACUUAUUUAAAAUUUAAAAUAAGAGAUUAUACUUUCAGUUUACUUUUUAUGUACUUAUCAGAGCUAUACUU